AUGGUAGUGUGUUUUGGCGUAGUGUGGGUGGUUUGCAUUCUCGUCGGCUGUGUUCUUUCGUAUCCGGCCGCUGACAAAAGACCCUUUUUUACACCCGAGAUCUACGAUAGAUUGGUGUAUUUCAGCAAAGCCUGUGCGCUGACAAGUUGCAUAACACGCGAUCAGCUCAGCACGGGGAAAACAUUAUACGAUAACGGAUGUCCCAAACAUAUUAGGUUUUGUAAUGAUUUGGAGGAAAACCCAACAGCAGAUAGGACAAAGAUAUCUAUGGUGUUAGCCGCCCAAAGAGGAGAGUUGGGCACAGGGUACGUAAUCGUUGACUAUGUGAGAGAGGUCGUUAUCAUGGCGUUUCGGAGCUCUACCACUACCCAAGAUUGGAUCAGCGACUUCACCACCUUGCCAAUCGACUACGAGCCUGUUUCAAAGGAGGACUACGAAGAGUUGAUUGAAAAGGGAGAGAUAAGGGAAUGUGCAAAUUGUAAAUUGCACCGUGGUUUCCAUAGGUUCACUGAGACGCUGAGCAGGGAGUUCUUGGAUAGAAUGGAGCAGAUACUUGAAAGGUAUCCAAAUUAUAAAACUGUUGUCAUAGGGCAUUCGUUAGGUGGAGCAAUGGCAAGUAUUGCAGCCAUCGAGCUCAGAUUGAAAGGUUACCAUCCAAUGGUGCUAAUGUACGCACCUCCAAAAAUCUUCAACUCCGAAAUGAAGGAAUGGGUAGACGAACUAUUCGAAACACGAGAGAUUCAUGAACAGAUUAUGGAGUCCGGGGUAAUGAAGUUCAACAAGGGUUUCUUCAGAGUGGUCCAUGCCCAGGAUUAUAUUCCUAUGAUUCCGCCUUUUUUCGAGUCUGCAGGUGUCGAGAUCUUCAUCAACAAAAGAGAAAUUCCGCACACGAUCGAUGACUUGGAGUAUCGAGGGAUAUAUAACAUCCCGGUAGCAGAAAUGACGAUAAGGGAUAAUAUGAAUAAGUUGGCGAGAAAGUGGUUGCACACUUAUGAACAUCAAAACUACUUCAUAACACUGAUGGGAUGUAAGGGCUUUUAG